UAAAUGCGUUAUUACAAGUUGUAAUAAGAAUACCAAAGGUAUUUGGAGUGUAUUAGACAAAGUCAAAAAAAUUGACAGGGUAGGCUAUGGAAUGAAGACUUGAUCUGAUGACUUUUCCAAUAUAACGAUUGUUUUUUUUUAUGUAUGAACAAGACAUACAUAACGAUCAUGUGUGUUUGUAGGAAGCUUCUUAGGUUUUAGAUCUUGACAUUCUUACGUUUUGACGAAAUCUUAUCUUGCCCCAUAGGACGGAGUAAUAUGUACAAAAGAUUGUAGUCCAAGUAAAGGUGGUUUUAAAAAAUAUAAGGGCGAUUAUUAAUACAUCAAAUAUCUUAAUCAAGCAUGCAUGAUAGUUACACCUCUACUGGUGAUUCCAAGGACUAAUUAAUUUUGCUUUAGUCAAGUCACAAGUAAUUAAAUAAAGACCAAGCUGGAGAAUUCUACUUGUAUCGGCACGAUCAGUGAUACGAUAACUAGUAUUUUCGCUAAUGUAAUAAAUCUUGAAACCAUUAGUUAAUUAUAUAAAAGUUUGACAAGAACAUAUGUUUAGUGAUUUGUACUAGUAUUACAACUCUGUCACGAUCAUUGUUUUAAAUUAACUGGUGUGUUUUGACCCCAAAAAAAGCUUCAUUAUUAUAUUUUGGGUGUAAUUGAUAAUUCCAGAAACUAUUGGGUUUAUUAUGUAUUAACUCAAAACAUACGGGUAAUUAGUUAAAACAUAUAAAAAGACUGAGGGGGGUAUAAACGCCGGUCCGGCGUCGUUUUCAACAUUCUAAAUAUUUAUCGAAGAAACCAGCGAUGGACGACGACGGAGAAACCAUGACGGCGACGACGAGGAAGAGAGAGGAAAUAGAGAGAGAGGCGGAGGAGAAUCGAAAAGAAGCAUUGUUAGCUUCAACACAGUCUCUUCAACCUAAUUUCAACCGAUCAAACGUCACCCAGAAACAAAUUUCGAAAUUACAGGAGCUACACAAGAGACGUAUGAAGAUAAAAGCCAAUUCAAAGAAACCUAAAGCUAAGCUAAGCAUGAAGAGUAGAGCAGUGGAAGAUGGCGAAAGCUCUAAGAUAUUGAAAGAGUCAACAACUUCUUCUUCUUCUACUACUACCUUAGAACAGCAGCCAGCAGCACCAAUGAAGCCACAGAAGCUGUAUUGGGGGCUUGAUACUAAGGAACGGUGGGAAAGGAAAGCCAACAUGUAAUCUCAUUCGUUGAAUCCAUUUCUCGUUAUUAGUUAAUUACUUAGUCCAUUGUACAAGUUAUUACAAGAGCAAGACUAACAAGUUCAAUGUAUGAAGCGACGUGGUUUCUUUUUGUUAAUUUCAAGAUCUGGAGGUAAAAGCAAUGACUCAGUUUUGAUAAA